AUGCUGGCGCUCCGCUGCGGCCCCCGCCUGCUCGGCCUGCUAUCGGGCCCGCGCUCAGCGCACCUGCGCCUCCCCGCGGUCCGCGCUUGCAGCAGCGGCAGCGGCUCCCGCGGCCCGUCCUCUUCCUCCGGGAACCCGCUUGUGUACCUGGACGUGGGCGCUGACGGGCAGCCGCUCGGCCGCGUGGUGCUGGAGCUGAAGGCCGACGUCGUCCCAAAGACAGCAGAGAACUUCAGAGCCCUGUGCACCGGGGAGAAGGGCUUUGGGUACAAAGGGUCUACAUUCCACAGAGUGAUUCCGUCCUUCAUGUGCCAGGCCGGUGACUUCACCAACCACAACGGCACAGGGGGAAAGUCCAUCUAUGGAAGCCGCUUUCCUGAUGAGAACUUCAAACUGAAGCAUGAGGGGCCAGGUGUCCUGUCCAUGGCCAAUGCGGGCCCCAACACCAACGGCUCCCAGUUCUUCAUUUGUACCACAAAGACAGACUGGCUGGAUGGCAGACAUGUUGUGUUUGGCCAUGUGAAAGAGGGCAUGGACGUCGUGAAGAAGAUAGAAUCUUUCGGCUCCAAGAGUGGGAAGACAUCCAAGAAGAUCGUCAUCACAGACUGCGGCCAGUUGAGCUGA